AAAAAAAAAAAGUCACCAAGUAAGCAUGUUUACCUUCAUCUGACUAGGAGGUUGAAACUUGUCGGUAAGUGAUGACUCACCAUCGUAGGCCUAUAAAAGUAAAGGUGCUUGUCCGUGAGAAGGCAGCAGCCUCCAGGCAUAUCCAUUCGAGAUGCAUCCCGGUGUCCUGGCAGCCUUUUUCCUCUUGAGCUGGACCCAUUGUUGGUCCCUGCCCCUUCCUGAUGAUGACGAUAGUGAUGAUUUGUCUGAGGAAGACUUCCAGUUUGCCGAGCACUACCUGAAAUCAUACUACAAUCCUCAGAAUCCUGCUGGAAUCCUGAAGAAGAAUGCAGUAAGCUCCGUGGUUGAUAGGCUCCGAGAAAUGCAGUCUUUUUUCGGCUUAGAAGUGACCGGCAAACUUGACGAUAACACCUUAAAUAUCAUGAAAAAGCCAAGAUGUGGAGUCCCUGAUGUGGGUCAAUACAAUGUUUUCCCUCGAACCCUCAAAUGGUCUAACAUGGAUUUAACCUACAGGAUUGUGAAUUAUACCCCGGAUCUGACUCAUUCUGAAGUUGAAAAGGCUUUCAGAAAAGCCUUCAAAGUUUGGUCUGAUGUGACACCUCUGAACUUUACCAGACUUCACAAUGGCACUGCUGAUAUCAUGAUCUCUUUUGGAAUUAAAGAGCAUGGUGACUUCUAUCCAUUUGAUGGCCCCUCUGGUCUGCUGGCUCAUGCUUUUCCUCCUGGGCCAAAUUUUGGAGGAGAUGCCCAUUUUGAUGAUGACGAAACCUGGACAAGUAGUUCCAAAGGCUACAACUUGUUCCUUGUUGCUGCCCAUGAGUUUGGCCACUCCUUGGGUCUUGACCACUCCAAGGACCCAGGAGCACUCAUGUUUCCCAUCUACACCUACACUGGCAAAGGCCACUUUGUACUUCCUGAUGAUGAUGUUCAAGGGAUCCAGGCUCUCUAUGGUCCAGGAGAUGAAGACCCCAACCCUAAACAUCCCAAAACUCCAGACAAAUGCGAUCCUUCCUUAUCCCUUGAUGCUAUUACCAGUCUCCGAGGAGAAACAAUGGUCUUUAAAGACAGAUUCUUCUGGCGCCUGCAUCCUCAGCAGGUUGAGGCAGAGCUGUUCUUAACGAAAUCAUUUUGGCCGGAAGUUCCCAACCGUAUUGAUGCUGCCUACGAGCAUCCUUCACGUGACCUUAUCUUCAUGUUUAGAGGAAGAAAAUUUUGGGCUCUUAAUGGUUAUGAUAUUCUGGAAGGUUAUCCAAAAAAAAUAUCUGAGCUAGGAUUUCCGAAAGAGGUAAAAAUGAUAAGUGCAGCUGUUCACUUUGAGAAUACGGGCAAGACUCUCUUCUUCUCAGGAAACCAAGUCUGGAGAUAUGAUGAUACUAACCAUAUUAUGGAUAAACACUACCCGAGACUAAUAGAAGAAGAGUUCCCAGGAAUUGGUGAUAAAGUAGAUGCUGUCUACGAGAAAAAUGGUUACAUCUAUUUUUUCAAUGGACACAUACAAUUCGAAUACAGUAUCUGGAGUAACCGCGUUGUUCGCGUCAUGCCAACAAAUUCUUUAUUGUGGUGUUAAAUGUCUUUUAAAAAUUGUUAUUUAAAUCCUCGAGAACAUUUGGAAAAAUACUUACAGAGGUAUUGGGGGUGGGGGACACAGGCAGAUGUCAGGGGAAAGCUUAGUUCUGUGAACAAGCUUCCAUAAAUUAUCUUUGAAUAUGUAGUAUCUAUAUGGCUGUGUGUGGCUGGAACCACAUUGUGGAAUUUUAACGUAAUGAAAUUUAGUAUCUCUGAAGAUCACCUGAUUCUUGGGUUGUAACAGUUGGCAAUAUUUCCCACGCCCAAAAUGAGAUGCAUGGUCUAGCAAAAAGAGUUAGGAUACUGACAAAUAUAAUUAUAAAGAAACUUCACAAAGGUAUAAAAGUAAAUCAAGUUUAUGUAAUUAACAAAUCUUUACUAAAAAAUAUAAAAUAGUAUAAAAAUGGAUUUUUAAACAAACAUAUGGUAACCAUAUAUAAAAAAACAUACAAGGGCAAAUGCCUGUAAUAAGUAUAUCGUUGACAACUUUCCUUGGUGGCGAAGCAGCCCUGGUGCAUAGUGGUUAAAGUGCUCGGCUACUAACUGAAAGGUCAGCGGUUCAAACCCACCAGCCACUCCAUGGGGGGCAAAUGUGGCAGUCUGCUUCCAUAAAGAUGUAUGUCUUAGAAACUCUAUGGGGCAGCUCUACUCUGUCCUAUAGGGUCACUAUGGUCAGAGUCGACUCAAUGGCAGUGGAUUAAAGUGGUAGUACACAACUUUCCAGAGAAAUAAAUCAUUUGAUUUUCAUAGCAAGAAGAUUUGGGGGUUCAUGCCCUUCUCCACACGGACAAUAAAAGAAAUGUCAAAGUCACUAAGGUUAGAAGGCCCUGACUAAUGAUGAGGAGGGUAGACUUGACCUUUGGAUUCUGUUUAAUUUUCACUUUUGACAGUGACUCAAAGGCUAUACUCAAAUAAGAUAAAUAUCUCUUUGCAUACUUAUAGAAAAUAAAGAGAGAAGAUUUUUAUUUUUGUUAAAGUAUUUUAGUUCUUUCAACUGUCAGAAAGUAAAGAAUUAAAAUUGCUAUGAAAAUAAUCAAAGGCCAUGUAUCACUUUUUUGUAAAUCAUUUCGUUAUUUAAGGUUAAAAGAAUUAUUUUAACCCUAUUUUAUGUAGAUAAUUAUUUUAAUUGUCCCAUGUUUCUUGGAUAUAUAGGUUAUUUUUGGAAGACUUGUAUACUAGAGAAUAAAAUAUAUCUCAUAAAUUGGAAGUAUAUUAAGACGGGGACUUUCAUAAUUAAGGAGAAUGGUCUGCUAGAUUGCGAUUCCCUUGAGAGUUUUGCCAACACUUUUACAGUGCCUAGCACUUGGCAGGGAGAUCAGUGAAUACUUAUUGGAUAUAUGAAUGGCCAUCAAGAGAAGGACCAUUGAGCUGAAAGAUCUUGUUCAUGAAAACUCAUGCAAAGAAAAAGGAAGUUUAUCAUUUUUCAAAAUAUAUUAAGAAGUGUUCAUACUGUUUAUAAUAAAAUGAUAUUUUUGACAGGCAUUGUUACAAGGUAUAUUUCGUCCUGGAGGCAGUGGUGGUUCAAUGGUGGAAUUUUCACCUUUCUUGUGGGACAUCUGGACUUAAGUCCUAGCUAAGGCACCUUGAGCACAGCCCCCACCCAUCUGCCAGGGGAGGCUUAAGUGUGGCUGGGAUGUGGAAAAGGAUUCAGGGAAGCUUCCAGACUAAGAAAGACUAGAAAAUCAGCCAGUGAAAACCUUACAGAUCACAACAGUCCAACCCUGUUGUUCAUGGAGUCCCCAUGAGUCUCGGGCCAAUUUGACGGUAACUACCAACAACAUAUUUUGUCUUUAGGUGUAAUUUUAAUCUUUCCUUACAUAAAGAGGGUCCGUUUAAGUUAUUUCCAUUUCUUGCCAAUAUUCCUUGAUGAAUGUAGCUCACUCACUGUUUUUCUUUUUUAAGAAGACCAAAUAAAAAAAAUUUAAAUUCAUUGUUGUUGUUGUUGUUGUUGUUAAAUGCAAUAAAGUGCAUUCAGACUCAUGGCAACACUAUGUACAACAGAACAAAAUGCUGCCUAGUCCUGAACCAUCCUCACAAUCAUUAUGUUUAAGCCCACUGUUGCAGCCACCAUGUCAAUUCAUCUCAUUGAAGAUCUUCCUCUUUUUUGCUGACCCUCCCUCUACUUUACCAAGCAUGAUAUCCUUCUCUAGGGACUGGUCUCUUCUGAUAACAUGUCCAAAGUAAGUGAGACUAAGCCUUACCAUCCUUGCUUCUAAGGAGCAUUUUAGCUGCACUUCUUCCAAGACAGACUUGUUUACUCUUCUGGCAGUCAAUAGUAUAUUCAAAAUUCUUUGCCUACACCGUAAUUCAA